UUUCUCUCUCUCUCUCUCUCUCUCUCUCUCUCUCUCUCUCUCUCUCUCUCUCUCUCUCAAGGAAUGCUAAGUAUUUUGUUAAAAAUUAAAAUCAUAAUAAAUUUUGAUUUCUAGAAUUUUCCAAUCUUAAAUUCAUGAUCAACCAAUAGUAAGUCAUCUUUUAUUUGUGAAAAAGAAAAUUUAUAUAAAUUAUUAUAAUAAAUUAAUAAAAUCAUAUCAAUUAAAAUUAGUUAAAAAUUUAAAUAUAAAAUCAAUUAAAUUAUUAUUAAAUAAAUAAAAAUAGAUUUAUAUUGUAAAAAUAUUUUCAUAAUUUUUUAUAAAUUAUUCGUUACUUUUCAUAAAAAUAGACAAACAAUUCAUAAAAUUUCAUAAAAAAUUUUGAAAUUCGAGAACUCAAAAUCUUUUAAGGUAUUCUUUCGAGAUUUUAAUCACAUUUCUAGUAAAUAUAUUGAAAAUAAUAUUUGUUAGCUUCUUAGCCUCUUUCUAUUUCUAUUUAAAUUUCUAAUAACAUUAAAUUUUAAUUAUUUUCUCUUCGUUAUUUACUUUAUUCUUACUUUUUAUUCUUUUUUUCUUUAUGGUACAAAUGUUAUAUGAAUAUAUUUGUUAAUAUUUAUUUAAAUGAAAUAUAUUUUUGAAUUAAUUAAAAAUAAUAUCGUUUUAAAUUGAAAUAUAAUAAUUUAAAUAUUAUUAGCAAUGGAUGAUAUUGAACAACAAUGCGAAGAUGCAGUUUUUGAAGUUUGUGAUGCUCGAGAACGAUAUCCAUCACGAUGUGCAGAUGAACUUCAGAAAUCCAUUAAACUAAAAAGUGAUAUGAACAUGCUGAAGAAGUUUCAAAAAUCAAUUAUAAAUGAUCUACCUAUCUUACAGCAAGACCAAUAUAUGAGAGAAAAUCUUAAUUUUAAUAAAAAUAAAAUAUGUUUUAAUUAUUUAGAUUUUAAAUUACAAAAUACUAUAAAUAAAUUGAAUAAUUUAAAAGCUAUUAUGGAUCAAAUUGAACGAGAAAAGACAUGUUGUAUUAACAAGUUAUUAGAACAUUAAAUUGAUAUAUAAUUAUUCUAAAUAA